AGCUGUUAUUCAAAGUUACCACGUAGAAACAGUAGGGUACUUCAGCGCUAGUCCCAACCUACCCGUAAGUUGGAGACACCCAACCACAACCUCCCAUUGUACCAGGAAGCAACAGCGACGCGCUGGAUGACGCGAGUCUUGUGUGGGAAUAUGACCUCCUCGGAACAAAAGUUAUGACUGAAGUUAGACUAUGGCCGAUAAAGGUCCGUUUUUGACUGCAUGUAUUAUUUUUUAUUUAUCCAUUGGUGGCGCAAUUUUUCAGAUUCUUGAAGAGCCAAACUGGAAUUCAGCAAAAGACGAGUAUAUACUUGACAAGAAAGAUAUCUUAAGAAAAUACGAUUGUUUGACCAAAGAAGCUCUAGAUGACAUUUUGGAGAUAGUUGCAAAAGCUGCAGGGCAAGGAGUGGCCAUCACUGGGGACAGGCAGCCGGAUUCAUGGGACUGGGGAAACUCUGUCAUAUUUGCUGCUUCUAUUGUCACCACCAUAGGUUAUGGAAAUGUUGCACCAAAAACGGAGCGUGGCCGUGUGUUCUGCAUAUUGUACGGUUUGUGCGGCAUCCCCCUGUGUCUGGUUUGGAUUAGUCAGCUGGGCUCCUUCUUUGGAGAUCGGGCAAGACGUUUGUCCCAGGUUAUGAUUCGCAAAGGGGUCUCAGUGAAAAAGGUUCAGUUUACCUGCACAGUGUGCUUUCUGCUCUGGGGCCUUAUUGUGCAUUUGGUGAUCCCUCCGUUCGUGUUCAUGUCAGUGGAAGGAUGGACUUAUCUGGAAGGCCUGUACUUCUCUUUCAUCACACUCACCACCGUUGGUUUUGGAGACUAUGUUGCAGGCGUCAAUCCCAACAUCCAGUAUCCGCGGCUGUACAGAGCGCUUGUUGAGGUGUGGAUCUACAUGGGGCUGGCUUGGCUCUCCCUCUUCUUCAGCUGGAAUGUGCACAUGGUCGUAGAGGCCCACAAAGUGUUGAGGAAACGCAGACAUCGACAUCGCCUCCACCAUGAAGAGGAAAAACAACCAGAAGAAGAAAAACAAGUCCCAGAAAUUAGGCCGACUGUCAUAGAUAUCUUCAAUUUUCUGUCUGAAACAAAUGAGGAUGACUACAACACUGUUAUGAGGCAGAUUGCAAUAGAAGCAAAGAAACCCAAACCUCCAGAGAACAUAAACCGGUCUAAAAGUUGCAGUGACAUUUUGGACAUCCAGACUCUUGAGGAGUCUCCACGACAGAAACGAAGGAAGAGCAUAAGUGAGCUGUUUCUUAAUGUACCACAGUCUGUAAAACCAAAAAAAGAGGCCAACAAGGACCUCAAGGAAGAUGGUGAAAAUAAAGAUUUUAAUGGCAAAGGUAACAAUAAUGAAUCAGAUAUGGAAAAUGAGGGCAUAUUUUUUACAGUGCCAACCAUUAUAGGGCCCUCAAAAACACAGAAGAUACAAUCUCCUAGUAUUGGUGAGUCAAGGUUUAUAAUCAGUAAAGUAGCUGAAACUGAGUUGUUACUUAAUAAAGAAGGAAAAGGAUGACAAUGUGAAAUAAAGCAGGUGAAUAUAGUAACCAUGAUAAACCAAAGCAGUAUGUUUGGUACCACUUGUAUCCUGUGCCAACAAUGUUUUAACUAGACAUUUCAAAUCUUUAGUUUACAGUUUCAUUGCAUGUUUCAGAAAAUACAAGAUCAACUAGAACUGUUAGUUUUAUUUUAUUUUUUGUUGCAAAUUGUUUAAAAGUACUAAAAUAUGUAUAUCAUGUUUUCUAUAGAUGUUUUAAAUAAAAUUUAUUUUUAUCAA